AACAGCACUUGCCCCUGCAGCCCUGCUGGAGGCUACCUGGGGGAGCUUUGUCUGUGUGUGGCGAGCUUCCUCUCGCCCCUCUGUCUUCUCUCACCGUCCCUGUGUUUGGUUUCUGCUGUCAAAUGUCGUGCGCGCUGCCUGGGGACUCAAGGUGCAAUCAGCAGCAGCAGCAGCAGCAUCAGCAGCAGCAUCAGCAGCAGCAGCAGCAUCAGCAGUAGUAGUAGUAACAUCAUCAUCAGUAGUUGUAGUAUCAUCAUCAUCAGUAGUUGUAGUAUCAGCAGUAGUUUCAUCAUCAGUGGUAGUAGUAGUAUCAGCAGUAGUAUCAUCAUCAGCAGUAGUAUCAUCAGCAUCAUCAUCAUCAGCAGCAGCAGCCACGGAUAUUCAUGUCAACUCGAGUCCAGGGGGCGACCUGAAAUUAUCAUCAGUUUGGAGCGGGUAGGCAGUGGACAGGGAGAGAGCCCCAGGUGCUGCUGCUGCGAUGUGCAAGCGACGAUGCAGAUCGCCAUUCAACAACAUCAAGGCGUUCGUGUGCUGCCACGGUCUGCUGCAGCUGUCCCAGCUGCUGGUCUCAGCUUACUUCAAGAGCAGCCUGUCGACAAUCGAGCGACGAUACGGCCUGUCAAGUAGCACGUCGGGGUUCAUAUCCAGUGUCAAUGAGAUCAGCAACCUGCUCCUCAUCGUCUUCGUGAGCUACUUCGGAGGGCGCCUUCACCGCCCUCGGCUCAUCGGCACGGGGGGCCUCCUCAUCGGCCUCGCGGCCUUCCUCUCGGCGCUGCCUCACUUCCUCACCCCUCCCUACGCACACGGCGGUGGUGGCGCGGUGGUGGAGGCGGGGGUCACGGGCAAGCCCCCAGUGAGCGGCACCGGACACUCCUCGGCCCACAGCGACCUCUGCCGCCCAUCCGCGAUGACGUCGCCCCUGGCUCCUCCCCCUCCUCGCUGCCCGCCCGCGAGCAACGUCUCGGGCGGGGGAGGGGCGCGGUGGUUGGGGGCGGGGCCCGGCGUGGGGGCGGGGCACGACGCCGACGUGCGUGGCCGCGUUGUGACGAUGCUGAUGACGUCACAGCUGCUGCUGGGCGUUGGCGCCGCCCCCGUUCAGCCGCUGGGAAUCUCCUUCGUGGACGACUUCGCGAGCAACGCCAACAGCCCCUUCUACCUGGGGGUGCUGUUUGCCAUCAGCGUAGUUGGCCCGGCCCUCGCAUUCCUGCUGGGAUCCGCCACCCUCCGCUACUACGUCGAUUUCAACCGCUACCCAGCAGGGGGCCCCCAGGGUCCCCCAGGAGUAUCCCUGGGGGACCCUGAGUGGAUCGGGGCCUGGUGGUUGGGCUUCCUGGUGGCUGGGGCGAGCUGCGUGCUCUCGUCACUGCCAUACUUCCUCUUUCCACGUCACAUGGUCAGAGAGGAGUUGGGGUUCCUGGUGGCUGGGGCGAGCUGCGUGCUCUCGUCACUGCCAUACUUCCUCUUUCCACGUCACAUGGUCAGAGAGCAGGAGCCAGGCAGCUUGAGCGACGGCCACACCACCACUGACAGACUUCUAAAGUCGCCAGCCACCGCUGGUGGCCUCCAGCCUCCACCCCUGAGUCUCCUGCAGAUGAUGAGGGCGUUCCCCCGCAAGGUGCUGGCCGUGCUGGUGGCUCCCAGCUUCCUGCUCGUGGUGUCUGCCCAGGCGUGCCUCUCCGCCAUUAUCGCUGGACUUUCCACGUUCCUCGGCAAGUUCCUGGAGACUCAGUUCGGCGCCUCCGCCUCGUACGCCAACCUGCUGAUCGGCUCCCUGAACCUGCCCGGCGCGGCCCUGGGCAUCCUGGCGGGCGGCGUGCUGAUGAGGAGGUGGUGUGGUGGAGGUGGUGGUGGUGGAGUUCACGUAGCGGCGCUCAUCGCCGUGGUGGUGCUGGUCGUGUCGCUGGCUCUGUCCCUGCCGCUGCCGCUCCUCGGCUGCUCGUCCCCACCCGUCGCUGGGGUCAGCGUUGGGUUCAACGGCAGCAGCGUGGAGCCCGCUGUGUUGGGGUCUCCGCGGCCCUCCGCGUGCCACGCGGCGUGCCGCUGCCCCUGGUGGCCACAGGCCCGGCCCGGCACGGCCCCCGUGUGCUCCACGUGGGGUGUCGAGUUCCCCAGCGCCUGCCUCGCCGGGUGCGUCCACAGGGACAGCGCCACGGGGAGCUUCUCGUCUUGUUCCUGCGUGCCGGGCGAGGCAGCCGCCCGGCCGGGGCCGUGCCCCAGCGCCUGCCCCCACCUCCUCAUCCCUGUCAUGGCGCUGUGCUCGCUGGCAGGCCUCGUGGCCUGCCUGGCCUACACCCCGGGCUACAUCCUCAUCCUCAGGGGAGUGAACAGUGAAGACAAAUCCUUCGCUGUCGGGAUCCAGUUCCUGCUGCUGAGACUGCUGGCGUGGCUCCCUGCCCCGGCUCUAUUUGGCCUCCUCAUCGACUCGUCGUGUCUCGUCUGGACCGAGUCUUGCCACGCGGUGCGAGGAGCCUGCAAAUACUACGACAACGAUGCCCUGCGCACGCGCUACUGGAGCCUCCAGUUGGCUCUGAAGUUCUUGGCCCUGUCUCUCUUCUCCGUCGUGCUGGUGCGGGUUCGCCGGCGUCGCCGACGGAGUCUCCGCGCCGGCGCCGCCGCCGGCGCCGCCACCACCGGCGCCACCGCCGGCGCCGCCGGAGGCCUCCCCAUGGGGUCACUCCUCUCGAAGGCCGAGCUCGGCGGAGAGGGGGCAAGGCCGCUGAUGGCGGCGGAUGACGAUGGCGGGGUGGAGGACCGGAGCGACCACAAGGAGUGAA